AUGGAAUUUUCAUCCACGAAAUUCGAUGAAUUCCCAGUCAUUGAUUCUAAUUCCGACCCCAAUUUUGAUCCUAAUUACAAUUCAUCUACAACACAACAACACCCUGAUAUUCAUGCUGCUUCUCAGCAAAAAGUUUCCUUGAACCCUAAUACAACAACGACUUCAAGCACUGCUAGUCACCAACACCAAAAAGAGCAAGAGCUAUUAUCGGACUAUACGGUUCCCAAUCCGCCUGUUUCGACAAAACAAUCAAAUGCCGUAAUCUUAGAACAAGACCCCACUUUUGCCGGAAAUCCGGAACAGCCUCGAACAUUAUGGAUGGGUGAUUUAGAUCCUUUAUUGGAUGAAGAGCAGAUUGAAAAUUUAUGGUGGAACAUUCUACAAAAAAAAGUCUCUGUGAAAAUUAUUAAACCGAAAGCAAUGAAACUUGAUCUACACUACCUGGGAGUAGCAAACUCGGGGUACUGUUUUGUUGAGUUUGAGACAUUUGAUGAUGCACAAAAGGCAUUGGGCUUGAAUGGACAACUUUUACCUGAUAUUGCUAUCCCUUCGCAGCAGCAUUUUCCAGACAAUCCAGACAAUCAGAAAAAGUAUUUCAGGCUAAACUGGGCUAGCGGGGCAACUUUAAAUGCUCCCAUCAUCCAAAUGCCCGAGUAUUCAUUGUUUGUAGGUGAUUUAUCUGCAUCGACAACAGAAGCACAUUUACUAGCGUUUUUCCAAAAAACUUUUCCAGAUUCAAUAAAAACAGUUCGGGUGAUGACAGACCCAAUUUCCGGAAAGUCGCGAUGUUUUGGGUUUGUUCGAUUUACUGAUGAGCUGGAGAGGCAAAGGGCAUUGACAGAAAUGAACGGAGUAUGGUUUGCUGGACGUCCUUUGAGAGUGGCUCUUGCAACUCCAAGAAAUUCUUUCAACCGCAACCCCCGGGUUCAAUUCCAAGAUGCUUACAAUCACAGGUCAAACGACCACUAUCAAACAGACGUGGCCGCAGCGGCAAUGUCGGGCCCAGGUCCAGGUCCUGUGCCCCCACCACCAGAAAUGAUGUUCUUAUCACCUGUUGCGCCUCCAAAUAAUAUUGGAAAUAGCCCCAUGUUUGGGUUUUAUCAUCAACCAAAUAUGGCACGCUCAGGGAACAUUUCUACUCAACCACACGAUGUCGAAGGUAGGUAUUUAGGUAAUUUGGAGUCUCCGAAUUCAUCUCAACAAACACCACCCUUUUCAGCUGCACCUCAUCUACAGCUUCCACAACAGAAUUCUCCUUUACAUCAUCAUCAUCAACAACAGCUACAGCUACAGCAGCAGCAGCAGCAACAACAGCAACAACAACAGCAGCAACAACAACAACAGCAGCAACAACAACAGCAACAACAACAACAACAACAACAACAACAACAACAACAACAGCUACAACAGCAGCUACAGCAGCAACUACAGCAGCACCCUCGUCAUCAGCCACAAUAUGCAGAUCCAAAUAAUACUACAGUUUUUGUAGGUGGUUUAUCAACAGAAGUGACAGAAGCAACGCUUUUCAAUCUAUUUAAGCUGUUUGGUACAAUUCAGCAAAUAAAGAUCCCACCGGGUAAAAACUGUGCAUUUGUGAAAUAUUCAACACGAGAGGAAGCAGAAGAAACAAUUGCAGCAAUGCAGGGCUUUAUAAUAGGUGGUAACAGAGUUAGAUUGAGUUGGGGAAGAGUUUCUGUUAACAACAAAAGGUAUCUACAACAACAGCAGCAAAUGGCACAAGCAGCACAAAUGCAAGUUGCUGCAGCUUUGUCAAUAGGUAUGGAUCCGGCGAGUGCAAUUGCAGCAGCUGCUGCUGCCGCGGCAGCCGGUAACCAAACAGUACAGCGGCAACAACAGCUUCCAAAUCUCCAAAUCUCACCACAGCUGCUAUCAAAUGGUCCACCUCAAAUGGGAAUGCCUCCUCCACCAAUGCAUUCUCUAGGAAUGCCAAUGUCUGGUCAUCAAUUCCAACUUUAUCAACAGUACCAAGGCCUGGCGCCGAUGCCACCGCCACCUCCACCUCCUCCACCUCCUCCACCACCCCAUCAUCCUCCGCCUCAUCAUUCUAUUCCUUCUUCUCAUCCAACUCCACAUUCACAUUCACAUUCACAUUCACACCCACAUGCACAGGCACAUUCAUCAGAUGAAGGAGAUUCUGCUGACACAACGGCAACGGGCACCAUAGCAUUUUCAAGAGAAAACACCGGAUCAUACGAAACAACCCCUGUUAAGCGCAACCUCGGUUCUUCGUCAGGUUAUUUUAGUUCUAGUGGUGGAGAUCCUUUGGAUUAUGGAGUUGCAGCCGAAGAGUCUCGACUGCUGCAGGGUCAGCAUCCUGAUGAAAUAAUUAGCUCUUUGGGUAGAAUGAACUUAAAAGAGAACACAAAUGAGGUUCCAGGUACGGGUAUUGACUCCUCCACUGUAUAUCCUAAAUACAAUGAAACGGGUCCAAAGCUGGAGUUUGAAACUGAAAAAUCUCAUUAA